GCAGAAUAGGUUUACCAAUGCUCAUAUGAUUAGAUUUCAUCUUCCCGGACUCAUUGUUUUAUUGCUUAGAUUCCCAAGGUUUUCUCCCGGCAAAUUUUACAGCUUGCUGAAUUGUUGGCACUUUCGUAAUGCUCGCUUCACAGAUUUGACGAACAUAUGGGUUUGUGCAAGUGCGAACGAAGACGAGUCACUAACUUGUUUUGUUUUGAGCACCGGGUUAAUGUAUGUGAAUUUUGCUUGGUUGCAAAUCACAAUAAGUGCAUUGUUAAAUCGUAUCUUCGAUGGAUAAAAGAUAGUGAUUUUAAUCCAUCAUGUAGUAUCUGUCACGAGCUCUUUGAAGCAGGCCCCUCUAAGAAAUGUGUUCGUUUGGUGUGUCUAGAUGUUUUUCACUGGGAUUGCCUUAAUAACUACGUGAUGAGCUUGCCACCAACAACAACCCCAGCGGGUUUCUUGUGUCCGUUGUGUGGUCAACCCAUCAUUCCUCAGGCUAACCAUGGUGGUCCUGUUGCGGAAGCGCUCAGAACGUGUUUACGCGAAAUUGAUUGGGCUAAAGAAAGUUUGAAUGAAAUAAGGCCUUUUUUCCCGUUGGAAAAUUCUCCAAAAAACACCUUAACACCGAAUAUAAACAAUUGUAUUUCGAACCCAACAGAUGGAAAGCUUCUCGAUCCACGUCUAGAUGUAGCUGCAAGGCAAUUUCUGAAAGGACGUGAUGUUACCAAUAUACUGGAGAGCCCUCAGAAGAAAACGGAAUCCCAGAUAGAUAACAGCUCUAAGGAUACUAAUAUUUCCCAGCUUCAUUAUCAACGAAGGGAUCAACCAUUGUUGGACUCCCAAAGAUUGUUUAUAUCUGAAAAUGAUGAUAAUGAUAAACAUAAACGACAUCUAACAUUGUCAUGGUUCAGACGCUUCCUCAGAAGGCAUUCAUCACACUUUUCACGUUUAUCGGCUAUUCGAAGAAAUCGUCUUAUUAUAUUAAUUAUGGGUUGUAUUAUAUUUAUUUUUCUACUGGGUUUCUAUGGUUCUCAACCGAAAGAUAUCACUGGCGAUCCAUUAUUAGAUCCUCAUAUGAAUCCAAAUAUUCAUUUUAAUCUGGAAUCUGUUGAUUUAAACAAAGGAGUUCUAAAUGAUGAUUCUAAUAGAGAUAGACGUAUUAUUGAUGGUUUAAAUGAAGCCUAAUUCUACAGCUAAAUAGUAUUAAAAAAACAAAUACAAAUUUCUUCACCUCGACCUGAACCAAUCAACAUUUUUAUCUAAUGUAACUCAUGAUUUUGUCUUUUAUUUUCUACUCUAUAGAUUCUGUUUUUGAUAUCUUGUUAUUGAAAUCGUUAGUCUUUUAAGUUUUGAAUAAAUUACUUCAGUCAAGUUGGAUCCGAUUUUGCAUAUUUAAACGUCAUUCAACUGUAUAUUUUUUAUAUUUUUCCUACUCAUCAGUGUAAUACUAUUCUUGUAUAGUUUCAUUUUAAUGACUAUGCUGGUGAGCACUGGUUAAUUUGCUUUCGUUUUGUGAUGUUAUGAAUCCCCGUAACUUAUUUCUUUUAAUGACCCGAGUCUCUUUCUUAGUGAAUGUAUAGUAACCAACAUUCGUCCAUAUUUGGUAUUGGUAAUCAAAUAUGUACAAGAUAUUUUACAAUAUUUAAAGUCACCACAUUUGUUUUGAAGUCUUUUUGGUUGCUGAUAUUAAACUUUAUAAAACUGUG